UCAUGUGGUUUAGUCAACUAUACAUUUUUAAAGAAGACACUGCUAGCUUUAAACGUAUAAAAUAGUCUGCUAUAACAUCAAAUACACUGUUUUUAAACAGGUGGACUGCAGUAGGUGACCGGGACGUUCAUCAUGCUGAAUAACAUCGAUAAUGCUUAUCCUGCGGGAGAUGAAAGUAAUGAAAGUAGUGAUGAAUGGGACAUCGGAUAUUCCACUUCCACUUGUACCAACAGAUCAGAACCAGAGGUGACAGAAGUGACAUUACCAUGUGAGGACAAGGUGUCUGUCCUGAAGAGAGCCAUUGCCGCAGGGGAUGUUGAUCUAGUACGUCAGCUGUUGGAUAACGGUAUGGAUGUGGAGACGCGACUGGGCUUUGGUUGGACUCCGCUCAUGUGUGCUGUGCACGUUGCAAACUAUGAGCUGGUCGAGCUGCUGCUGGAUCGUGGAGCCAGUGCCAACUUUAGCAGAGAUCUGUAUACUGUGCUAAUGGCAGCAUGUACAGCAGAUUCUACCACUGAAGAGAAAAUCGCCAAAUGUGUAGCUCUACUGCUGAGUCGCAAUGCUGACCCAAAUGCUUACAACAGGAGCCACAUGACCUGCCUGAUGCUGGCAGCCAGGAACAGUUACUGCCAGGUGAUCAAUCUCCUGGUGUCUCAUGGAGCAGAACUAAACUUUCAGGAUAACGGCGGCCACACGGCACUCAUGUUAGCUGUGCAGUACGGACGUGAAGCUGCAGUUUUAAAGCUGCUUCAGCUUGGAGCUGACAAGUCGAUUAAAAACAAAGCAGGAAAGACUGCAACUGACCUGGCCAAAGAAUUUAAACAUCCACAGAUCUGUAGGAUUCUUGAAUCACUAACUGACUCUAUUGUUAAUGGUGAAGUGCCGUCCAAAGCUGAAGUAGUGUUUCAAUCCCUCAACCGAAAUCCUGAAGGCCUGCCUGCCUCAAAAGAGCGGUACAGUAUUAUAAUUUCUGCUAAGCUGUGUGAUAUUGAACUUCUAUUGCAUGGGCUCAAUCUGGAAUACCUGUCUGAUAUCAUUAUGGAAAAUGACAUCAACUGGAGCUGUCUGUUGACUAUGGAAAAAGAAGACUUGGAAAAGCAGCUUUCAUCGGCCAUACAACUUGCUACAUACAUACAACAUCUACUGACGAUUGGAGUAACAGACCCAGAUGACCAAAAAAAGGUUUUGAGUGCAGUACAGGAGAUGCAUCUUGACAGAGUGGACCUGGACGCACUGACACAGCUUGAGAACGUAGAUAACGGGACUGAGGAAUUAUAUAACUUUCUGAUCAGCUUGAGGCAGCAGUGUUGUUACCUUACUGAAAUGGUGCAGGAUGUCAUCAGCAGGUUCCCACGCCGGUCCUCAGAGCUCGUUUUAACAUGGGAUCCGAAGAAGGAGGCUCAGGCCAUCUGCACCGAGCUAGUGGCUCAGACUGGCGACCUGCAGAAAGAAGUGACCUGUCUCAGAGACCUUCUCAGCAAGAUGGAUCAAGAUCACACAGAGAACACUUUCCAGCCACCUCUGCCCAUUUCACGUAACGCCUGGAAGAAACGACUUCUAAAGAAGCUUGCAGUGGGUAUGCUGGGAGCAGGAUUACUGCUUCUGUUAUCACAAGCAAGACACUAUAAAGUUUACCUCUGAUAAUUAGUUUGUUUUCAUUGUUGUUGUUAUCAGUGUUUACCUUUAUCUUUUGUUAUUAUAUUUUAUUGCUUGUAAUGCAGAGGUCUUAAUGUUCAGAUUUCUUCAAACCAGAUUAUUACGGCUCCCUUUGUGUUGAAAAUGCAUUGUUAAGUAGAUGACUUGGGUUUUUGGUUUCAGGAGCCAUGUUUAACACCUCUUAAUAAAACAUGUCUUUCCAAAAAA